UUUCUUGCUUAAAAGCUCCCCUUGGUGUUCUUCCUCUCUUCUUCUUCUCUUAUCUCCUCUCUCUAUCUACUCCACACACACACUACGUACAAACAAGAAUAAAUCCGUCCAGGAUAUAAUUAUUUUUCAAAGUUAAUUCUCAAGAAAAACACAAGAAAUACUACUAUUAUUCCAUCCAUGGAAGACAAUUGAUCAAGUUAAAAGAAAAAACUUCCACAGAUGAUUGUGAGUAAUUAAAGAGAAGAAGAGGAGGAAGAAGAAGAUCAACCACAACAAUAUUUUGAAGUAGUUGAUAACUAUCAAGAGCUAAGCUUAGCUAGUUAUUGAGCUUAGUGGAGUAUAUUUUAAUUAGUUUGGUUCAAGUGUUAUAUGAUCAUGGAAGGAGAAAAUGGUUUAAGAAGGCCAAAUUUUCCAUUACAGUUGUUAGAAAAGAAAGAAGAAGAUAUGUGUUCUAGUUCUGGUUACCCAUCGUUAGGGAUAUCGUCAACAGAAACUAAUUCCACGAAUAAUUUUCGAGGAGCAUCCAAUAAUUCAAGUACUAUUCAAACAAUAUCAGAAAACAAUUUAUCAUCGUCGACAUCCAGCGCAGUUGUUAAGAAACCACCACCAAAGAGAACAUCCACCAAGGAUCGACAUACAAAAGUCGAUGGAAGAGGACGUAGGAUUCGUAUGCCGGCUACUUGUGCAGCAAGGGUUUUUCAAUUAACAAGAGAACUUGGACAUAAAUCUGAUGGUGAAACUAUUGAAUGGUUACUUCAUCAAGCUGAACCAGCUGUUAUCGCCGCUACUGGAACCGGUACAAUUCCUGCUAAUUUUACUUCUCUUAAUAUAUCGCUUCGUAGUUCUGGUUCUACCAUGUCAGCUCCAUUAAGAAGUAGUUAUUUUAAUCCGAAUUUCGCCUUGACGACUAAUCCACAGUUAAGGAUUAGGAGUGAAUGGGAAAGAAAUAUAGACGAAUCUUCUUCGCGGCUUUUAUUUCCCGGUGGAUUAGAUAGCAAUAAUAGUUCAACUUCCACACUACUGAAUUUUCAGAAUUCUAGUCAUAACAACAACAACAGCAAUAGUAAUGUAAAUCAAAUGUUACAAGCUAAGCAGGAAUUACGCGACGUUCCGUGUUUAGAUAUGUCGGUUGAUACAGAUUUAGGACGAAAGCGUCGAUCCGAACAGCAUGAAGAAGAUCCAUCGUCACAACAACAACAUCAGCAGAAUCUUCAUCAAUUCGGUAACUACUUCUUACAAUCAAGUUCAACAGGUUCCAUACCAGCAAGUCAAAUUCCAUCUGGUGGGACAGUAUGGAUGGUUCAAAACCCUAAUACCAACAAUCAAGUUAUGAGUGGUGAUCCAAUUUGGACAUUUCCUUCAGUGAGUAACCCUACUAUGUAUAGAGGCUCAAUGUCGAGUGGAUUACAUUUUAUGAAUUUUCCUCCUCCAAUGGCUUUAUUAUCUAGCCAUCAACAAUUGGGUGCAGGUUUAUUAGCUACCUCUACUACUAGUAAUAAUACUAAUGGUAGUGGUUCUACUACUACUCAUGAAGGUCAUCUGGGUAUGCUGGCCGCGCUUAAUGCUUAUCGAGCAUGGCCUAACAUGGGUAUUUCGGAUCAGCAUCACCAUCAACAAGCAACGGAAUCCGAUCAGUCUCCCCAUUCACAUCAUGAAGGGAAUGAAAGACAUGACAGUGCUGAUCACCAUUCUUAGUUCAUCAAUCUUGAUCAGUUACUUAAUUAAGCUUAUCCUUGAUUCAUGUCCCUCCCUCACCUCAUUUCUGAUUGAUGGAAUGUAUAUCAAAUUCAAAAAGCAUAUUUUUUUCUUCUUUCCAUGGCUGUUUACUGCUGGCUGCUUUUGAUUUCCCCCACAAAAUUUCAGUUUAUUCAUCUUUUUCAUUUUUGUGGGCAUCUUAGGGUUUGGUAAAGACAAGAUUUAACAGGUAUUUUUUGCUGUUUUUUUGUUCACUGUUGCUUGGAUUGUUAACUUAAAGAUUCAUAUAUUUAUUC